AUGGGUUCCCGUACCGCCUUCUUCUAUGGUACAUUAAUGGCCAAGGAAGUCCUCUUCCAAGUCAUCUUCGGCACCUCCACAGUCAGCAAAUACAACAUCCAGACCGUCACCCAGACCCCCGCCAUCCUCCACAACCACAAGCGUUCUCGCGUCCAGCACUGCGACUACCCCGGCGUUAUCCCCAGUGAAGGUCACUCUGUCCGCGGCACCUAUGUCACUGGCCUCACCGAUGGCGACAUCUACCGUCUCGACAUGUUCGAAGGCAGCCAGUACGAACUCAAGACCGUCCGCGUGCGUCUGCUCAAGACAGAAGGAGAUGAAGCCACAGGAGAAGGCAAUGUUGAAGGUGAAGAGAUGGAAACUCAGACAUACAUCUGGAUCGAUGAUAAGGAGCGUCUUGAGGACAAAGAGUGGGACUAUGCUACAUUCAGAAAGGAAAAGCUGCACAGAUGGGCUGGCGGCGAGCCUGAAGGUGAGUUCUAA